CAAAUUCAAAUCUUGGCUGGUGAUCUUGGAUCAAUAUUUUGAUUGGGCUUUUGGGUGGGGGCACAGUAAAAAAGGCAACAAAAUGCCAAGUUUGAGUGUGAAUGUGAAUUCUCAACCAGAAUAAAAGUGGUCAAAACUAAGGCUGUAAGUUUCAAUUUUGUGUUGGAAUCUGAUUCUGAUCUGUAUCAGAAUUCAGAAGCUGUUGGAGUUGGAGAUGGAAUUGGAGUUGAGCACUAAAGUAAUCGACAACUCGAAGUAAAAAAUACGGCGUUUUCAGAAGCAUCGGGGAAGGCGAAGAAGAGACAACGUCCGUCCUGCGUCCUUUUCGCUUUUGUUCUUUUCAUUCUCUUUGACGAUUUCCUCAAUUGAUCCUCUGCAUGAUCUCUGCCCUGAUUCCGUUUCCGUCAAUUCAGCCAGUUUCUGGGCUCUCUCUCUCUCUCUCUCUCUCUCUCUCUCUGGGUUUGCAUCGAAUAAUUUUUGAUCUAACACAAUGCCGGGAGAUUUUGGUGAAGAUGAGAGGGCGAGGGUUUUUGAACCUGAAUCCUCUGAAGAUGACAGACGGCGAACUCGGUCUAAAUCUCUUAGGAAGAGGGCGAUCAGUGCUUCUGCUAAAUUUAGCAACACGAUUAGAAGGCAAAGCAGUAGGGUUGCAGAUUGCCGCUUUGCUCCGAUUUCGGUUGAUGAGGUUCGGGACGCCGGGGAGGAAGAUUCCGUGAAUAAGUUCCGCCAGGCUUUGAUCGCGAGAGAUCUGCUGCCAGCCCGUUUUGAUGAUUACCACACUAUGCUGAGAUUUCUCAAGGCUAGGAAGUUUGACAUGGAUAAAGCUCUCAACAUGUUUACAGAGAUGCUCAGCUGGAGAAAAGACAAUAAUAUAGAUACUAUUAUGCAGGAUUUCAUAUAUGAUGAGUAUGAAGAAGUUCAACGAUGUUAUCCUCACGGUUACCAUGGUGUGGAUAAAGGAGGAAGACCUGUUUAUAUUGAAAGACUUGGAAAAAUUGAACCUGGCAAGCUAAUGAAUGUUACCACAAUAGAUCGGUUUUUGAAAUAUCAUGUCCAGGGGUUUGAGAAGCUUUUUGCUGAGAAAUUCACAGCAUGUUCUAUCGCUGCCAAAAGACACAUAUAUUGUACAACAACAAUACUGGAUGUUCAGGGACUGAACAUCAUGAGCUUUGGAAAGCUUGCACAUGACCUUGUUAUGCGCAUGCAAAAAAUUGAUGGGGACAAUUAUCCUGAGACGCUGAAUCAAAUGUACAUAGUGAAUGCGGGUAGUGGGUUUAAAUUUCUUUGGAACACUGCAAGAACCUUUCUUGAUCCAAGAACUACAGCAAAGAUACAUGUUUUGGGCAGCAAAUUUCAAAAUAAGUUGUUGGAGGUCAUAGACUCAAGACAGCUUCCCGACUUCCUUGGAGGAGAUUGUUCGUGUUCAAAUGAAGGUGGAUGUCUUAGAUCUGACAAGGGGCCCUGGAAUGAUCCUGAAAUCAUGAAACAGCUUGUUUUUGCCGAAGAAGCUACUCACUCGAGGAAGGCCAACAAUUUCUAUGGCAGAAGCAGUUUUGAAAUCGACUUUUUUAACUCGAAGCAGAUUGACGGUAAUGAAAUAUCUUCACCUGAAUCAGGGUCUGAGACAACUGCCACUACCAGUGCUUCUAGCAUCCGAAAUUUUGUUUCGGUGACUGGCAGGGAAAAGUGCUUCACACCGAGGCCCGUUAACAGCAUCGUUGCACCUACAGUUCCUGCUGGAAUAAUUGAAGAAUAUGGUUCAAAUAAUCUAAAUGCUGAUGUUCAACCAAUAAGGCUACUGAAGAAAUUCAUUCCUCAAGUUACCAGUACAUUUGUUCAUUUUGUAUUCAGAAUUUUUGCAUGCAUAUAUCUAUUAGUCCCAGGAUUCCGGAGAAUUUUCAUGAUUAGACAUGCUGAGAAUCAACAACCUGAAGACACUUCCAACGACCAGUUGGAAGAUUCAGGGCCUCAAGAACAGCCUAAUACAUUGGAAGUGGACCCAAUCUGGCAAAGGCUGCAAAAUUUGGAAGUUAUGGUGACAGAACUUACCAAUAAACCUUCAAAAAUCCCUCUAGAGAAAGAGGACAUGAUUAAUGAAUCUCUGAACCGUAUAAAAUCCAUAGAAUAUGACCUGCAGAAGACAAAGAGAGCAUUGCUUGCUACUGCAUCAAAACAAGUGGAGCUUGCUGAGUCAAUGGAAAGUAUAAAGGAAAACAACUUAGUUGGAGCGUAUUCAUGUUGGCCUAGAACUCGAAAACCAUUUUUGUAUUGAAGUUUAGCCCGUCACCACCGGUCGAAGUUUUGUUGAAUUAUCAAUUCAGAUCUUUCUAUGGAACGGAAGAUGUUUCUGAUCAUAAAGAAGAAAAAUGGUAUACGCACAUAAUCAGAGUUCUUUUGUAUAGAGCAUAACACACAGUAUCACACCCACACACAUUAAUAUAACUGUUCUUUUACAUUUAUAUUGUACAUGAUUUACAGUUUUUCUCUUUUGCUCGUUUCCUUAUUGAGUCUUGAAACUGAUACAUAGAUAUAAGAACUAUACAUGACCUCACUCAGUUGUGUAUUAUAUCAACUAACAUCUGACUAAAUAUACAAAACAUUCCUUGUUUC